UGUUGAUCUUUUUGACACACGCACCGGAGCGUCAGCUUCAAGCGGACCAUCACUACCUCUCACAUCUAAAGCUGAUCAGCAGGAGGAGAAGAGUCUGACGGAGCAGCAGAGGAACAUUUUUAGCUACUUGGACUCAGCUCAGCCACUACAGAGAAAACAAUGAGCUCAACACAGAAGGACCAACAUGGAGCGAGAAGUCAGCGCUCUCAGGAGGCCGACAAACCUCACAGAAGAAAGAGAGAGAAAACAUACACCUGUGACGAGUGUGGGAAGGAUUUUACUGGGAAGGAUAAACUAAAACGUCAUCAGGUCAUCCACACUGGAGAGAGACCGUUCAGCUGUGACUUGUGUGGAAAGUCUUUUUCCAGGAAGGAUUACCUAAAACAACACCAACUCAUCCACAGUGGAGUUAAAGCGUACAGCUGUGAUCAGUGUGGCCGAGCUUUUACUCAACGUUGCAACUUACAGAGGCAUCUAGUUACCCACUCUGGAAUUAAGGCAUACAGCUGUGACGAGUGUGGGAAGGAGUUUACUGAGAAGGCUAAACUAAAACGUCAUCAGGUCAUCCACACUGGAGAGAGACCGUUCAGCUGUGACUUGUGUGGAAAGUCUUUUUCCUGGAAGGAUUCUCUAAAAAAUCACGAACUCAUCCACAGUGGAGUUAAAGCGUACAGCUGUGAUCAGUGUGGCAGAGCUUUUACUCACAGUAGCACCUUAGAGAGUCAUCUAGUUACCCACUCUGGAAUUAAGGCAUACAGCUGUGACAUCUGUGGAAAAACUUUCAGCCAGAGAGGGCACCGAAAUACACACCAACGCAUUCACACCAGACAUGAUGUGUACUGCUGUGAACAGUGUAGCAAAGAGUUUACAACAGAUGCACAGUUACAACAACACAUGUUUACCCACACUGAGGAGAGACCUUAUAAAUGUGACCUGUGUGAGAAGACUUUUAAAUCUCCACAUCACCUGAGAAAACACCAACAGAUCCACACCAGAAAGAGACUCUACAAGUGCAGUUACUGUGAGGACCAACAUGGAGCAAGAAGUCAGCGCUCUCAGGAGGCCGACAAACCUCACAGAAGAAAGAGAGAGAAAACAUACACCUGUGACGAGUGUGGGAAGGGUUUUACUGUGAGGUCCAAACUAAAACAUCAUCAGGUCAUCCACACUGGAGAGAGACCGUUCAGCUGUGAUCAGUGUGGCAGAGCUUUUACUCGCAGUAGCCACUUACAGAGGCAUCUAGUUACCCACUUUGGAAUUAAGGCAUACAGCUGUGACGAGUGUGGGAAGGAUUUUACUGAGAAGGCUGAAUUAAAACGUCAUCAGGUCAUCCACACUGGAGAGAGACCGUUCAGCUGUGACUUGUGUGGAAAGUCUUUUUCCUGGAAGCGUUCCCUAAAACAACACCAACUCAUCCACAGUGGAGUUAAAGCGUACAGCUGUGAUGAGUGUGGCAGAGCUUUUACUCGCAGUAGCAGCUUACAGAGGCAUCUAGUUACCCACUCUGGAAUUAAGGCAUACAGCUGUGACGAGUGUGGAAAAACUUUCAGCCAGAGAGGGCACCGAAAUACACACCUACGCAUUCACACCAGACAUGAUGUGUACAGCUGUGAACAGUGUGGCAAACAGUUUAUAACUCACACAGAGUUAAAACGACACAUGUUUACCCACACUGAGGAGAGACCUUAUAAAUGUGACCUUUGUGAGAAGACUUUUAAAUCUCCAUUUUCCCUGAGACAACACCAACAGAUCCACACCAGAAAGAGACUCUACAAGUGCAGUUACUGUGAGGACCAACAUGGAGCAAGAAGUCAGCGCUCUCAGGAGGCCGACAAACCUCACAGAAGAAAGAGAGAGAAAACAUACACCUGUGACGAGUGUGGAAAGACUUUUUCCACGAAGGGUUACCUAAAACAACACCAACUUAUCCACAGUGGAGUUAAAGCGUACAGCUGUGAUCAGUGUGGCAGAGCUUUUACUCACAGUAGCCACUUACAGAAUCAUCUAGUUACCCACUCUGGAAUUAAGGCCUACAGCUGUGACGAGUGUGGGAAGGAGUUUACUGGGAAGGCAAAACUAAAACAGCAUCAGGUCAUCCACACUGGAGAGAGACCGUUCAGCUGUAAUUUGUGUGGAAAGUCUUUUUCCUUGAAGGGUUCCCUAAAAAAACACCAACUCAUCCACACUGGAGAUAAAGCGUACAGCUGUGAUCAGUGUGGCAGAGCUUUUACUCAACGUUGCCACUUACAGAGGCAUCUAGUUACCCACUCUGGAAUUAAGGCAUACAGCUGUGACAUUUGUGGAAAAACUUUCAGCCGGAGAGGAAGCCGAAAUAAACACCUACGCAUUCACACCAGACAUGAUGUUUACUGCUGUGAACAGUGUGGCAAACAGUUUAUAACUCACACAGAGUUACAACAACACAUGUUUACCCACACUGAGGAGAGACCUUAUAAAUGUGACCUGUGUGAGAAGACUUUUAAAUCUCCACGUCACCUGAGACAACACCAACAGAUCCACACCAGAAAGAGACUCUACAAGUGCAGUUACUGUGAGAAGCAGAGCGACACAGAUGGAUCCAGUUCUCAACCCUGUCAUCACUGUGGUGGUGGGAAAGACUUUCGUUGUGACCUCUGUGGAAAAACUUUCAGUUGGCAAGCCGCCCUAAAUAUACAUCAACGUAAACACACUGGAGACAAACUGAAAUACUGCAAAGAAUGUGGGAGAAGCUUCACCACAUCAAGUAGAUUAAAACGCCAUGAACUGAUUCACAGUGGGGUUAAAAAGCACCUCUGUGAUCAGUGUGGGUCAUCCUUCACCACUGCAAGGGGGCUUAAAACACACAAACGGGUCCACACAGGAGAGAAACCAUACAAGUGCAGACACUGUGACAAAAGCUUCUCACAAUCAAGUAGUCGUAACUAUCAUCAACGUACACACAUGGAAGGAAACUACAGCUGUGACCAGUGUGACAAGAGCUUCAGGAAUCUCAGUUCAUACUCCGAACACAAACGAUCCCACGUUACUAAUAAACUGUUUCACUGUUACCAAUGUGCCCAAACAUUCACCUCAUUGUCUGCUCUGUGCAAACAUCAGCGUGAUCACUCAGAGCUGAAAUCACUCCCAUCACUGGAUCACAGUGAAUCUGAAGAGACAGAAAGAUCCUCUGGUUUCAGUGUCAGACUCAAAAAGCUUGAGAUCAGGCUCCACAGAGUUCAGAUAGAAUCAUUUAAACUUGUGUUGAACUGAACUGGUUGCUGGGCUGAAAUUCUACAUAAUACAGAUUUACAUGGGAUCUUAUUUUCUGUCGUUUUACUGAGUCAGUUUUGUCCUUUUUUCUCUGUCCUGGUUUUGCUCGUCUGUAAAUAAUUGAAACUCAGUCAAAUAGUUCAUUGUUCUCCAGCAAAACGUUUUGGAAACUCAUGUUUAACCUUUAAAACUCUGACAUGUUUUAGCACACAAGGAAAGAAUAAAGGUUUUUAGUUCUUUCAAAGAGAGUCUUGGAGCUGUUUGACGUUUUUGUUUUUCUGAAACAACCUGAAAGAGAAACUAUUUUUCUUGCUUUAUGUAGUGUGGAAGUUUUUAAUGUUUCUUUCAUCUAUGAUGUUCUUGAAUGUGUUCACAUGAAGAUGUUGCAAAUAA